GGAGAGAGUGAGGAUGUGCCGGAAGAAGACGCACGUGCGCGGAGGGACCGGGCAAGGGGGUGGGACUAGAGAGCUGGAAGCGUGGAAUUGCGAAUGAGAGGAAGGGGCGCCUCUGCUGUAGUAUCUCCAUGGCUGCGAUUUACUCUGGCAUUCACCUGAAGCUGAAAAGCUCAAAGACAUCUUGGGAGGACAAACUCAAGUUGGCUCAGUUUGCUUGGAUUUCUCAUCAAUGUUUUCUUCCAAAUAAAGAACAAGUCUUACUGGAUUGGGUGAGUCAUACACUGGUUUCUUGUUACAACAAGAAACUUGAAUUGUCAGAUGAAAUUAUUGAGAAGCUUUGGACAUACCUGGACAACAUUCUUCAUAGCAAAAAACUGCAGUGUCUUCUCAAGGAGGGAAAAACAAUCACCCUACGUUUUUCAAUUGCACAGGUUAUAAACAAAAGGCUUUCUGUUUCUUACACUCAAAAGUCCUUGACGGAUGUUGGUACAGUACUGAAUUGUUGUAGGUCUAUCCUUUCAAUUUCUCCCCUCACCGUAGUUUAUACCUCAAAAUCUGAACUGCUGGUGGAUCUUCUAAGUCAGCUGACCUGGUUAGCAUGUUGGCAGUUGUCCUCAGAAGAUGCUGUGUCCUUCCAGUUGUUUGAAGUCCUCAAAUUGACCCUUGGGCAGUACCUUCUGACUCAGAGGCAGCAAGCCAAUGCAAAUCGUGUAUUUGGACAGGUGACCAAAUUUUUGCUUCAGCCAUGCCUGCUGUUGAGACAUUUAUUGACAACCAGGGUGUGGAGACUGACAGAGGAUGGCCAUGGAUGUCAGCACCUGAACAGGGACAUCCGGAAUGGCAUAGAGGCUUUGGUGAAAGCCGGCAUUUUCCAAACAGAACUCUUGCUGUCUUACAGAGAAGAACUGCUGCCAGAGAAGGAAUCCCACAACAUAAAGAAAGGAACUCUGAAAACUCGCCUGCUUUCAGCUAGUACCAUCCAGAUGGUGGUUGGGGACACUAGCUUUUGUCAACCAGCUCUUCAUGGGAAAACAGUAGCAAGUUCAGUGCCUCUUCUCUUUAAACUCUUUCUGGAGUCUUACAGUAGGGCUGAAGACCACUUAGUUUGUUUUCACAUGCUCACCAAACUUUUUGGCUGCCUAAAAAUUUCUCGCCUGCAGGGGGUUCUUUGGACUGACCAGCUUUCCCCAUCUGAAUGGGGUCCAGAGCUCCUUGCAGUGGAGCAGCUUCUGAACUCAGUGCUGAGCAGCAGUAUCUAUAAUGUUGCUGCUGACAGAAUUCGACACAAGGAGGUCCAGUUUCACUUCUAUCGUCAGGUGGCACAGACACUGGUGAAUCACCCGCAGGCCACCAUCCCUGCUUGGUUUAGGUGCUUCAAGGCCUUGAUCUCACUAAAUCACUUGAUUGUGGAGCCUGAUUUAGAUGACUUGGUGGCUUCGGCUUGGAUCGAUGCCGAGGUUUCUGAGCCACGUACAAAAAAGGCUCAGGAGGCUCUUGUUAGUUCUCUCUUUCAGACUUAUACCAAGCUGCGGCAAUUCCAGAAACUCAUUCAAGUGGUCUUGUCUAUCAUCUGCCGCCCUGCUGCAGAAGAAUUAAGGCUCCCGCUUCUGCCUGCUGGCAUCAGGACCAAGCUCUGUGAGUACCUUCUAGAACUGCCGCCCAAUCAGAUACUGGACAUUUUGCACCUGAUACUGGAGAAAUGUCAGACUUCCAUUAUUCCUGAUGUUAAAGGGGACUCAGACAUGGCUUUGAAGCUGAAGUCCAUGAGUUCAUUGCUGCAUUGUGUUUUGUUCAAUAUGAGGAGCUUAGAUGACUCCACUCCAUUGCAUGUGGUCCGUCGGGCUCAGAAUCUUCUGGAGACCAUGCAGAGCGGGAUGAUCCAAGCUUUGUUGGAUCUGCUGAAGGACUAUCAGGCAGACGAUACAAAGCUGGAGCAUUGGGUUGAGAAAAUUGGGGACUCUGUUCUCCUGCUUUCUUGCACCUGGGUAGCAACUGAUACUUUGUUUGGUUUAAAUUGCAGCAAGUAUGUUUCCCUUCUAGGCAAAGCAGCUCUUGCUGUUGUUGAUUCAGCUAUAGAUUUUCCAGACUUCUCAACUGUUCUUCCUGGUUUUGAUGCACAGUGUUGGGAGAAAAUAACUAAACUUCUCAGUUGUUCCUUCUCAGGGAGUAGAUAUUGUAUAGAAUGGCUGAUGCUUCAGAAAAUGCAGAGAAUGUUGAUGGGCUCCAGCUGUCAGACGGAGGUAUCAUAUCAGACUAUGCAGCAUGCUGCAGCUUUUAUCCUUCAUUCUGGAAAGUCUUGCAUGACUGAAAUUGAGCCUGAACCAUGGGACGGCAAUGUAGGUGCCAUAAAUAGCUCCACUUACCCAACUGCUCACUGGCACCUUGUCAUUUCAAAUCUUCCAGUGUUGAGUCCCUUUCUUUCUGUCAGUGAUACACUCUAUGUUGCAGAUGUGCUUCUGGAGAUACUGCUGGUGAACCCAAUGCAAACAGCUUCCUCUGAUGCUGAUGGUCCUUUAAUCUUGGUUGAAAAGGUGUCUAGAGAUUUCCUGAACAGCCCACUUCUUCCAGAGAUGAGGAUGCUUCAUGCCUCUUUCAUCAGCUGCAUAGUUCAGCGUUGUGCCAGGGUGCUGUACCCUACAGUUCAGAAUGCUGCCAAUCAGCCUCUUCAGCAGCUAUCUGCAGAAGGUAUUCCACGGUACGAAGCUGAUUUUUCCUCCCGUGUUGCCAGAGAGAGGUCUGAAGAUGAAGCAUCGAUGUACUGGACAGUAAUGGAGACAGUGUCUCAAAAUAUACUGUUGUUAGUGAAGGAGAGAUCUUUUGUUAUCUUAGAAGAAGAGCAUAUCAAAAGGCUUUUGGAUUUGGUAGAGAUCAUUUCAGUAUUGAAUCUGGACAGCCUCUUUCCCACUGACCAUACCUGGCUGUUCCUUUCACUUUUAUCUUUGACUGUCAAUACCAGAAGUAAUGUUGCUUGUAGUGAAGCUUUGCCUUUGAAGUUCCUGGCAAGGUGCUUCCACCUCUUAGCUCAUCUACAAACUGGCAGAAAUGCUGGCUCCUCCUUUAAGGUGUUGCACGCCAGUGAUGCUCUUGAGGCUGUCCUCACCUCUAUGUUUGUGGUCUGCAAGACUUUCGUUGGUGUUUUGUCAGCUGCUCCUUGGGAGGAAUUCCUUCAAGGGAUCCAAGUCUUCUUGGAACACUAUCUUCAGAUAGUACUUGAAAGGCGGCUGAGUGUGAAACUGAACAUGGAAAAGUUCACAUUGUUUUUAACAACUUGCCAGCCACUGGCAGCCAGCAGUGAACUCCGGAAGCUGUGGAACCCAGCCGCUGACCAGCUUCUGCUCGUGGCGCUCAGUGCACAGUGUCAUGUUCUGACUUUGCACGACCAGAAACACAGCGGAAACUGGAAGACUUCAGACAUGGUGCUCGUUCUGCUUAAGCAGGCUGUGUUUCAGACAGGAGCAACCAUCCAACUUUUCCUUCGAAAUAAUGCCAAAGGCCAGCCAUUGCCUUUAGCAUUUAUUCCAUGUGUUACAACCCUUCUGAAAGCAGAUUCAUCUUGUACCCAUCCAGUCUGCCUUGUUGCUGGGGAGGACGAGCACAAGAGGCAUAAAGAAUCAAGCAGGCACCAGCAGCUUUCUCACAGUGAUUUGUACCAAAGAUUUUAUACUCAGAUAUUGAGAGAACUGAAUUUAGCCAGUGGCAGUGUUCAAUUCCUUCGCUCUGCAUUGCAUUUCUUAGCUGUCUUCUGUUCCAUGCCUGAGUUGCUUCCUGCACAAGAAACUUCUGUUGCUGUAUUCUGUUCCAUAAGAAAACUACUUUCGGGUCCUGGAAUCACACUUCAGGUGAUUCAAAGCAUAGAAAUGCAGCUGGCAGAGUUGAUUGCCCAGCUGGUGAAGCAUUGCACUGAUGACAACUUCUGUUUCAUGUUGAGGCUAGUGCUUGAGGGACUGGACAUUUGCAAUGCUUGGAAACAAAACACUGAUCAAGUGCUGUCAGCUGUCACUCUAGUUAAAUUGCUACUUGAUUGCCCAUUAAGUGGAGAGAAAGAGAAAGCUUUCUGGUUUUCAAGUCCUCAGUUAAUCACCGCUUUAGUUAUGCAAACUAAAGAGGCUUCUCAAGAUCAUGCGAGGAUCCCAACCCUUAUUGUACUUAUAUUGGAGUCAGCAGCAGUCCUCCUGAGGCAAGCAGAAGGGAUUCUCUCCAACCCUCAUCAUGUCACUCUUGUGUUCAACAUUCUCCUCACCAUCCCUCUUGACCAUUUAAAAACAGGGGACUAUUACAGCAUCUUCUUGGGAAUUCAUGAAGUUCUUUUUUCUAUACUACAGUGUCACCCUAAGGUGAUGCUUAAAGCAGCUCCAUCUUUCCUGUGCAGUUUCCACAAGCUGGUCCUUUUUGUUAUGCACGAAGGAAAACAGAAAGGAGAUGGAGGGAUCACUGAUGAAUUGGUAAUUAUACUUAAAUGUGCCCAGUUGGUAGAACGGAUGUAUAGUUACAUCGCUGCAAAAACAGAAGAAUUCACUAUUUUUUCUGCCUUCAUUGUGGGCCAGUAUGUGACUGAACUGCAGAAGGUAACGUUGCACCCAGCUGUAAAGAAACAUCUAACUGAAGGAAUUUAUCAGAUUCUUGACCUUUGCAUUGAACGGGAUAUCAAGUUCCUAAAUGCAUCUCUACCAAUGGGAGUCAAGGAAGUCUUGAAGGAACUGUACAGUGACUACACUCAUUACCACAAAAAUCUAAAACAGGGGGAUGAAAAGUAUACAGCAUGAUGAAUCCUACUAUUUCAGAAUACCAUGGAAGACCCUCUUUCAAGGCAAUAGGCACAUGCUAUUGUAAACGGGUUUUGUACUGCUUUAUAGCACUUGAGUUAAAAUCAAGAGUAUGUUAAUCUCAGUGGGCACAUGUGAAACUUUCUCUGUGCCUAUAUGACUCUGGCAAAUGAUGUGUUACGCAGGAUCAAUAGCAGAAUCUUAAUCCCCUCUUCAGAAAGGGAUGUUAAAAUAUUUGUACAGUUACAGUUGUUUGUAAAAGUUAAUGCCAAAAUUUUCAAGAGACAGUGUAGUUCUUACAUUACUGCUGGAAGUGAGCAUUUAUGUUAAACAAGGUAACAGAAAGUUUUGCUAGAGGUUGGUUUUUUAUUUUUUAUAUUCAGGGCAGAGACUGUUUGUGGACAAACUGAUCAGAUCAUUAAAAAGCUGAUAAUUCUUUUUAAAAAUCGUGAACUUUGUCCCUUGCACACAUUGAAAUACUAAGUCCCAUGAAGUAUUGUCUUAAGUUUUUGAAGUGUACAUACACUUCAGUACUGGUCUGUGAUGAGUAGCAGGUGCCUUCUCAUGACCAGGUGUCCAUCUUCUUCUGAGAGCCAAUCUUUCCAGGUUAGAUACACAGCACAGGUUUGUGGUGGCUGUUUUGUUGUGGUUGAGUUUUUUGUGGUCCUUUGCUUUAAAUGGCAGCUGAUAGAGGGCGGGGGGGGGGGGGGGGGUAUGGAACAGGGUGGUUAAUCACCCUCUGAAUUAUGAAUUUAAUCAUUUUUAUUUUGCGCUUCCUACAAGUAUACUAUAGCAUAAAGUUAGCCCACUUUUUCUUCACAGUAGCUUAGAUGACCAAUGACAUGGCUUCAAGGACAAAAGACUUCCCCAGUUCAAGGAUAACACUUAAACCACUAGAUUUCACCACCCUUCUUUUUUACAAACCUGUAUUUUAUAUGGUGGUUUGGGAAAUAUUUGCCAAAUAUUGGCUUUUCUUUAGUUUCUUCUGCCCUCUUGUGACUAAUUCAUGAACUCUCAAUGAUUUAACCUGUGGUUACAUAGUCCAACACUCAUUAUUUUUGCCAGUGUUAGACUUGCAAUAGUACAUCAGAACUUGGGAAGAUGAUAAGGGGUGCAGAGCUUUGCAAAUACAUCCUUCCAUAUUUGCCCGGCAUUUGAAAGCACUGGAAAAGGGUAUAUGAGAAAGCACCAGAGAGAAAGAGAGAGCAGAAUGUAUGAACAAGAGCAGAAGAAAUGCAAGGAGAAAGGGAUCCAUCUUUCCCUCUCUCUCGUCCCCUCCCCCAACUGCCCCCAAGCUGCCUAUGAGAUCUCAUGACCGUUGCCUAGUGAGAAACAAAUCUUUCUUUGACCGCCACUAUCAGUACAAUUAGAAGCCAAGAUUCUGCUAACAGUAGAAUUAAAUCCUUUCUCCUAGUUUCCCUACUUCUGAAUCCUUGUCAAUAUCAAAACAGAUGUUUCUAGAGGAUAAGCGACCAAUGUGCCCAAACAAGGAAUUUCAAAAUGGUUUAGCUAUUUAACUCUAGGUUCUCAUGAGCCAUUCAUGUGUCACAACAUCUUUCAAGAAUGCUGCAGUAGCACUUGUCUGUGCAUUGCAAAAAUAAUAUCUUGUCUAUUAGUUUCAUGAUUGAUUAUGCUGGGAUAAGAGACCCCUGAGAGCCAGUGUGGUGUAGUCAUUAAGAGUGGUGGACUCUGACCUUUGAUUCCCCACUCCAAAGGGGCUUAGCUGUGUAAAAGUGCCUGGGGCUCACUCUGGGUGCUGACUCCAUCACAGCUGCCCCCUGGCAACUGUGCCCUGCUCUUGAACUCCAUAUGGAGUUCUUGACAGGGGUGCAGUUGAUUGCUUGCCAGUAGGGCUUGCUCUGCCCCCAAACUUCACAAGGAACUCAAAAGUGGGGGCAGCCACCUGAACGCUACAUGAAGCUAGGGAAUGGCACAAGCUCUUUUGAUGCUUUCCUCAGCUUGUCCAGGUCUUUCAGCCUGCAGUUUAAAGCUUGACCCAAUCCUCGCCAAAGCCAGGAUCAAACUGAGCAGCUGGCCUGCCCAACUGUAUCUUUAUAUUGUUGGCUCUGUCCUCCAAGCUCCACCUCCCACCAAGCUCCGCACACUGCUGGUCAGAGUUCAACUGCACCCCUUCUCCAGUUCAGUUUUAUUAUGGCCCCCUUCUCCAAAUUCCAUGGAAAGUGGGGCACAGUUGUGGGGGGGGGGUAUGGCCCUGCAAUGCACUCCUCACGUGACCAUGGGAAGUGAUAUCCGGUGCUCUGGCUCCCCUUCAGACCCCCUUGGUACCCCAGUGCCUCGGAUCAGUCAUGGUUCUCUCAGAAUUCUCUCAGUCCACAUAGAGGCCAGAAAUGGCAAACCACCUCUGAAUGUCUCUUGCCUUGAAGACACCAUAAGUCAGCUGUAACUUGAAGACACUUUCCACCACCACCAAGAGGCCCCUUGUUUUUUAGAAAAUAUUCUUCCCAUUUUUUAACCUUUCGUUAGCCUUGAAAUCAUCCCUUCAGCAUGUAAAUAUGUCUCGCCAUCUGGGAUUUUUAGCUGGAUUGUUUUAAAUGGUUUUAUGAUUUGUUUUUAUUGAUGGUUGUUUAUAGGUUUUGUAUGAAUUUUAUGCAUGAUUUUAGGUUAUAUGCCACUUUAAGUCGCCCUGAGCCCUUUGGGGGUAGGGCGGGGUAUGAAUAUAAAAAUAAUCAACCAAUAAAAUCAGAAGAUUGAGUCAUGAGGUUGCUGCCCUUGGGUAGCAGGUAUUAAUGGGCUUGGGAAAUGCAAGAAAAAUUAAAAACAGAAAAAUAUAUACUGUUUUUCAAUGUACUACGACUUCAUACUUUAAAUGGGGAAUCAUGGUUUUUAUUGUUCCCCAAUGUUUUGAGUAUUCCCUCAAAGUAGAAAAGUAGCACAACAGGAAGGACUGAGACUGACUAUUUGUCCCUGAUGGGUUAGUUUUCUACUUGCAGGGAGUUUUUCAAUGGAACAGCAUUGAAGAAUCUACCUACAAUGUGAAGUGGUACUGUCUGUGCUGCUGCAUGUAAAUCUCUUAUGACUCAUUCUGGGUAGACCAGACUUUAAACACAGUAUAAUAUGUUACAAUUGUACGGAAAUAACUUUUAUCUCUGCUUGUUUCUAAUAUACUUCAAGGUUUACUGGUGA